AAAAAACACUCAAGCCAGGUGCCGGGAUUCGUGCUGCGGCGGUCGGGACCCGGCGCAGGCGGCGCGCCCGCGCGCGGAGCGGGAGCCCCCCGCGGCCUCCCCUCCGCCUGCGCCCGGGGCGGCCUCGACCCCGAGCCCCCAGCCCCGCUCCGGCGCCGCGGCGCGCGUGGGGACCCGCCGCGGCGCCCUCGCCUGGAGUCUUCCCCCUCCCCCCGCCGGGGGUGGGGGUGGGGCGGGGGAGAGGGGCGCCCGCGGCGCCGCAUCGAUCGGCAGCUUUGUUAUCGAUCCGAAACUGCUGGCCGCGGACUUGGCUGGGAGGCCGGCUCCGCACGAGCCCGGAGGGGUCGCCUGCGUCGCGGCCCCCGCACUGACAGGUGCUCCCAGCGACUCGCUGGUGACUCCUCGCCGCUCCCCCGGCUCCCCCGCGUCCCCACCCCCCUCUUUCCUCCCUCGCCUUCACCCCCACCCCCACCACUUCGGCACAGCUCAGGAUUUGUUUAAACCUUGGGAAACUGGUUCAGGUCCAGGUUUUGCUUUGAUCCUUUUCAAAAAACUGGAGACACAGAAGAGGGCUCUAGGAAAAAGUUUUGGAUGGGAUUAUGUGGAAACUACCCUGCGAUUCUCUGCUGCCAGAGCAGGCGCGGCGCUUCCACCCCAGUGCAGCCUUCCCCUGGCGGCGGUGAGAGAGACUCGGGAGUCGCUGCUUGCCCUGUGCCCGCCGUGCGUGAGCGCUCGCCCCACUCAGCCAAAUGCUCCUCUUCGGGCUUUUCCUGCUGACAUCUGCCCUGGCCGGCCAGAGACCCGGGACUCAGGCUGAGUCCAACCUCAGUAGUAAAUUCCAGUUCUCCAGCAACAAGGAGCAGAACGGAGUACAAGAUCCCCAGCAUGAGAGAGUUAUUACUGUGUCUACUAAUGGAAGUAUCCACAGCCCGAGGUUUCCUCAUGCUUAUCCAAGAAAUACAGUCUUGGUAUGGAGAUUAGUAGCCGUAGAGGAAAAUGUGUGGAUACAACUUACAUUUGAUGAAAGAUUUGGGCUUGAGGACCCAGAAGAUGAUAUAUGCAAGUAUGAUUUUGUAGAAGUUGAAGAACCCAGUGAUGGCACUGUCUUAGGACGCUGGUGUGGUUCUGGUUCUGUACCAGGAAAGCAGAUUUCUAAAGGAAAUCAGAUCAGGAUACGAUUUGUAUCUGAUGAAUAUUUUCCGUCUGAACCAGGGUUCUGCAUCCACUACAACAUUGUCAUGCCACAAUUCACAGAAGCUGUGAGCCCUUCAGUGCUACCCGCUUCAGCAUUGCCACUGGACCUGCUUAAUAAUGCCGUCACUGCCUUUAGUACUUUGGAAGAUCUUAUUCGGUAUCUUGAGCCAGAUAGAUGGCAGUUGGACUUAGAAGAUCUGUAUAGGCCAACUUGGCAACUUCUUGGCAAGGCUUUUGUUUUUGGAAGAAAAUCCAGAGUGGUGGAUCUGAACCUGCUGAAAGAAGAGGUGAGGUUGUACAGCUGCACCCCUCGUAACUUCUCCGUGUCCAUAAGGGAAGAAUUAAAGAGAACCGAUACCAUUUUCUGGCCAGGUUGUCUCCUGGUUAAACGCUGUGGUGGCAACUGCGCCUGUUGUCUGCACAAUUGCAAUGAAUGUCAGUGUGUCCCCAGCAAAGUCACUAAAAAAUACCAUGAGGUCCUGCAGUUGAGACCAAAGAUUGGUGUCAGGGGUUUGCAUAAAUCACUCACCGACGUGGCCCUGGAGCAUCACGAGGCGUGUGACUGUGUGUGCAGAGGGAACGCGGGAGGGUAAACGUCCCGGCGGCCCUUUCGCAGAGCUGCGCGGGGCAGCGGCUGACGCCGACGGCGAACUGAGGCUCGCGUGAUCUCCUUCCAUAACCUCACUUGUUUGCUUCAAGGACCUCCGUCUUCAGGAUUUGCAGCGCGUUCUAAAAGAGGAGAUACCACAGGAAUUAGGAGUUGCGCAGCAGCUCUUUGGCCCAAAGGACCGGAGACAAGCUCUUCAAUCGUGGGAGAAAAAGAGGAGUUGCGGCUCUCUAGCUAGUUACCCCGUCACCAGGCUCGCCCUCCGCUCGCUCGCUGCCUUCUGUAUUCCAGCUGUGGUGAUAGGACUUAGGUCGGUGUCAGGAGAGGGACGAGUGCACGUGAACGGACGGACGCCUGCUUCUCUUCCCUUCCGCGACUGUACAGCUCCGCGCUCUGGGCCUCACACGUGUAAACCAGAAUUGUCUGUGUUCUGAAAACUUGGUUUUUCAAAAGGAACUAUGUUGCUAUGAAUUACAGGUGUGUGUUGCUGGUAAGAAAGACUGGAUUUUCCAUAUUUCUUGAUAAAAUCUCUGCCAUUUAGAAGAAAAGAACUAUAAUGAUGGUUUGGAAGAGGCAGACCUUGAAAGAAGAGUGGCCUUAUCCUCACUUUAUCUAUAAGUUGGUUUAUUUGUUUUAUUGUGUACAUUUUAUAAUCUCCUUUUGACAUUAUAACUGUUGCCUUUUCUAAUCUUGUUAAAUAUAUCUAUUUUUACCAAAGGUAUUUAAUAUUCUUUUUUAUGACAACCUAGAUCAACUAUUUUUAGCUUGGUAAAUUUUUUCUAAACAGAAUUGUUAUAGCCAGAGGAACAAAGACGAUAUAAAAUAUUGUUGCUCUGACAAAAAAAAAUACAUGUAUUUCAUUCUUGUAUGGUGCUAGAGCUUAGAGUAAUCUGCAUUUUAAACUAUUAAGUGGGAAGUCAAUAGAAUUGGUAAGUUGGAAUGACUUUGAAAAUAAUUAAAUUAUCCUGUCUUCUACCCCUGUUAUUGGGUAUGCAAAUAAAAUACAACAUAUGAAAGAAGACAUGCAGAUCCAAUCAUUACUAACCUAACCCUUCUGGGGGGAUUGUGAGCCUAGCUCAGAAGACCAUAAAGCACCUUGAAAACAGAGACUCGGCAGCUUCCUCACAAGGCGUGCUUUCCUGUGCUGUAGGAACACAUCCUAUUUAUUGCGAUGUUGCAGUUUUAUUAUCUUUAAACUCUGUUCCAUACACUUGUAUAAAUACAUGGAUAUUUUUAUGUACAGAAGUAUAUCCUUUAGCAAGCCCACUUACUAUACUCUUUGGCAAUUGAAAAGAAAAUCAGUAAACUACUUUGCUUGUAAAAUGCUUAAUAUUGUGCCUAGGUUAUGUGGUGACUAUUUUAAUUAAAAAUGUAUUGAAUCAUCAAAUAAAAGAAUGAGGCUAUUUUGGGGAGAAA